AUGUCAUCAAAAAAUGUGAGCCGUUCUGUGGUAGCUAAAGCAAUAAACGAUAGUAGUAUCACAACGGUUGACCCCUCGUCAUCUACAAGCUUUUUACAACAGCAAGAACAGCUCAGUAAUGACGGUAACUCGCCAGCUGUUAUGGGUACUAUACGGGAAGAUGCGGGCCGUUGGAUGAAUAUUCCUAGUGAGAAACAGAUUGAAGAUAAUGAAGAAGGAAGUAACGAUAAAAGAGACGACACUACGAGAUGCUCAAGUUAUGCUUAUCAACAGUCUCUAAACCAUACCAAUAGCUAUGGUACUGAUAAUAGCAGUCAUACAGAUGAAUGUCACCUAUACAGUCGUUGCUCGUUACACCGUGAGGACAUGCAAGUUAUUAGUUCAAUAUCCUUGAACCUGUCUCCUUCUCAUUAUCAGCUGCAAAAUGGUGACUUACUCGGAGAUUCUGAAAGCGUAAGCACCCCAUCCUAUUCUUCGUCUAAAUGCCACUCUUUUAGCCCGGUCUCUUCGACCCGGUAUCAACAUCAUCAGCACUAUCAUCCGGAAAACUACUGCCAGAUCUAUUCUUGUCAAAAGAAACGAAGAGAAAAAUGGUGCGGACGAAACCAUUAUCAAAGUUCGCAGGAUGAAGACCAUAGUAACACUACUCCCGCGAUGCAUUACUGCACCCCAAAAGUCUUGAUAACAGCUAUAGACAACGACAAUAUUAGUUCUCUCAGGGCGGCUAGUAGUAGUUCUAUAACAACGAAUUUUGUUGAUGAAAAAACAGACGAAGAGGAAGCUGAAGUGACAAAGAGUUGCUGUUGUUGCUUCUACUGUCUCUGUAAUUGCCGAAAACGAGCAGCAACAAACAAAAAGAAGAAGAGGAAAUCGCAUAAACGUCUUACAGUGUUUAUGUUUUUUAUCUUUUUCAUUUUAGGCGCCUUAGCUGCCUUCUUUUGCUGGCCACGUACACCACGCAUAACUAUGGGAGAGGGAGGUCCAGUUAGUAUCAGUGGUCCACCAGAUUGGUGGAGUGGUCAGCAACAAUAUGUUACUAGUGCAGCGUCUGAAUUGACAGAAUUACCGGCCAGACCUUCGUUAAGAGCUACCUGGCAACUGAAUGUGACAUUAGACAAUAGAGAUAAUUGGAUACCUACGCAUUUUACCAAAAUAGAUUUUGUUUUGUUGGACAGUUUAACACUGGCAAAAUUUGCAAAGUCAUCGUACCCUCCUGAAAGCGCCACUACCGCAAACAGUGAUUCUUCUUUUGGCUUGUUUCAGUUGGCUUCAGGAACAAUUUCAACAUUGACACUAACAUUUAACGUCUACUAUCAAGCAGUGGAUAGAACAGAUCCAACAUUACAGAAUUUGUUCAAUGCUUGUGGGCCCAUUAGUAACGAGUCCAAAGAGAAACGACCUGCUCUUAACGUGCUUUUAAAGGUUUAUUUUCAUAUAUUCGGUAUUAGCUGGGUGCCCACAGUUACAGCAGCACCGUACACCGGUGGCAUACUUUGCCCAACAAAAUGA